AUGCCCAAGAACCCAGGAAGGCGAGCACCUAACGGCGUAUCACUUAAACGUGAAAUUUGUGCGUUUCAUAAAGAUAACUUGCUAUCUACUCAAGUCGAAACUGCAGCCCAUUUCAACAUCAAGUAUAAUCUGGAUAUUGACCGGACGACCGUCAGUAAGAUAAUAAACGAGGAAGAGAAGCGGCGGUUUAUUGAAG